AUGGUCUCCGUCGAUGACAUGCGAGUCUUCAAGAGGGCACGCCUUCUCCAUGAUCUCGAUGAAGUUAUUCGUCUCGAAGUAGGUGGAUGCGAGAAUCUGACGAAGUUCACUGUUCAUAAGACCGUGCUUUGUCCUUCAAGUCCUUUCUUCGAAUCCGCCUACAAACCAGAAUGGAUGACAGCAGAGGAGCGCGUCAUCAGACUCCCAAACGAUGACCCCAUCGCUGUGCGAGCAAUGGUCUAUUGGAUGUAUCACAACAUCAUCUGCAUAUCCGGUGAGAUGGACGAGCUUGAAAUUGGGAAUACGGAGGAGGACGCCAUGAAGAGCGCAUAUGGCUUGCUCGCAAAGCUGUAUAUCCUUGGGGAAAAGUUUCAAAUGCCCAGACUGAGAAACGAUGCAAUCGAUGCGAUUCUCUACCGCUACGAGAGCACAGGCAGUUUCGACAUUGGUAUUAACUCUUACGUCUAUGCUAACACCUCCGGCGAUUCUCCUCUUCGCAAACUUCUCGUCCACAUUGCACUCGAUAACUACAACAAGCCCCAAAUUGGCUCCUUCAAGGAGAUGCUGUGCGGAGAGCUUAUCUUCGACUUGGCUAAGGUCCCUUUCAGCGAAGAGAUGGAAGUUGAGAAAGCUCGUACCGGCUAUGGGUACCCCAUAGAUGAUUUCUGCAACAAAUUCCACGUACAUCCUAUCAACCGCGUUAAGAAAUGCGAGAACCUGACGAAUUACGUACUCGACUCAUGA